AUGCGUGCGGGUGCUUGGCUCCUGCUGGGGCUGCUGGCCCUCGGUGCCCCGCUGCACGCCGCGCCCGCUGCAGGAAGGUGUAACCCAGGGCUGCACGGAGCAGCAACCAUCCUCCCCGUGACCCAGCCGCAGGUGGCGGCGCCAGCAGACGCCCUGUGCCGGCAGCAUGACAGCACCCACAGCCCAUCUGUGCAGCAGCAGCCGGGGGCAGAGCAGGGCAGUGCAGAGCAGUGCCUGCAUGGGGAGCGGCUGGCGGUGAGACCUGAGCCUGAGAAUGGAGCGGGGAACAGGGAGAAGCCUACAGUGGGCAGCACACCUGCACUGAGGGAAAAGCAAGAGGUCGCAAAGAAACCCAGCGUGGGGAAGAAGCCAUGGUGUGAGGGGAAGGGUGAGGCUGGGGAAAAGCCAAAGAUGACACCAGGAGCAAUGGCAAAACCAGAGAGUGGGGGUGGAGGGAAAUUGGAGAGUGGAGGGAAAACUGAGAGUGGGAAAAAGCCGGGGACUGGGGGAAAGCCAGAGGGUGGAGAGAAACCCGUGCUGGGGGAGAAGCCAGAGGUGGGGGGAAAACCGGGGGCUGGGGAGAAACAGGAGAGUGGAGAGAAGCCCGAGUCGGGAGAGAAACCGAAGUCCGAGCAUGGAGACGGUGAGAAGGGUGAUGACAGUGAUGACGACGAUGAUGAUGAUGACAGUGAUGAUGAUGUUGAUGAGAAAAAAGGGCAUGAGGAUGAUGAGGAUGAUGACCAUGAUUAUUACUAUGGCUACAAUGAUGACGAGGGCUAUGAUGAUGACGAUAAUGGUGAUGGUAACAAUGGCAGUGAUGACUAUGGUGGAAAUGAUGAGAAUGACUACAGAGGUGACGAUGGAUACGGUGACAGUGAUGGCUGAAGAUUACAGUGGUGGAGAUGGCAGCGAUGCUGGCAGCAGUUACCACAAUGAUGCUAGGUGACCAGCACUGUGGGGUGUGUGCAGGGCGCAAGGUGCAAGGACAGCCCAGGGCAGGUGGGCACACGGAGCUGCCCCCAGCCUCCCCUCACCUCACUCUGCCAGGGCCAGUCCUGGACACCAGCGCUGUUUUGGGCAGGACCUUCCUAAUAAAUCCUAU